CACGCCCAUAAAACAUGGCCGCUAAAAGGAUCCUAAAAGAAGGAGCUGGUUUGUACAAACCAAACGAGAGAGCUCUGGUGACAGUAACAGUAAAAUGUUGGGAGGAAGAGACCAAAGUAACAGAUGAGCCUUUUACCAGUAAAGAGAAUCACCAAAUAGUCUUAGGAGAGCCGGAAAAUAUACUUUGGUACAAGCUGGAGAGAACCAUAAUGAACAUGAAGGAAGGAGAAGAGAUUGAAGUGUUGCUAAAUGUAAAUGAAAAGGAUAUUUUAUGCAGAAUAGAAUUAUUGUCUUUUAAAAGGGGAGUCAAUCAGUGGGACCUAUCUCCAGAUCAGAAGCUUAUGCUAGCUAGAAAUUACAAAUCCAAAGGAAACGAUCACUUUAAGAAAGGAGAAUACAUCAUGGCGGCCAUGUUUUAUUCAAAAUCGCUGAAAUAUAUCAUUAGUAUAGGAAAGGAUGGCAAAGAGGAAUGCUUGGAACUGAAAUUGGCUUGUAUGGGAAAUAUGUCAGCGUGUCAGUUAAAAUUGAAACAGUAUCAGCAUACAAUUGCGAAUUGUAGCAAGAUACUUGUAAAACAACCUCACAAUAGUAAAGCGCUGUAUAGGAGAGGUGUGGCCUAUUUUGCACUAAGGGAUUUAGAACAUUCCGAGAUUGAUUUAUUGGAAGCAAAGAAGUUGGAGCCAGAGAGUAAAGCAAUUGCUGGUCAGUUGAGAGAAGUACUUGUACUAAAAGAAGAAGCCGACAAACGAUAUCAAGAAACUAUUAAAAGAAUGUUCAGUACUUUUAAUAGUGACCAUGAUUGAUUUUUUUAAUGUUGUAUUACUUUGCUUUUUUAAAAG